GCGGGAGAUAGACGUCCGGCGCGCCGGACGUGUAGACACUGCCAAUACAAAAAGCAUUGAUAGGCUAGUUACUAGUGACCUGUUCAAGUUCAACUCACAACUCACAACUGUCAUUACUCAUUACUACUACUACUACUAAGUCUUAAUAACUUACUACUUAAUCUAAGAUCUACUAUUACUAUUACUAUUACUGUCCAUUGUCAAUAGUAAAUAGUAAUAGUCAAUAGUGUACUGUAAUUGAGUAAUGAAAUUUCACUCCAUUUUUUUCCACAGGGCCACCAUAUUUGUUUUACUAAUUUCAUAUUGAAUAUUGUGCUAACCUGAUUGCAGUCUGAGUCUCUCCCCCAUUCACCUUUGUUAUUGUUGCCACGACACCAGACAGGUCAUGAAGAGGGCUGCCAUGUGAAAAAGAAAGAAAAUAUGCUCCCUUAACCCUUUUAGGAUGGAGCCUUUUCGGGGUGUAUGUGCCAAAAAAAGGAUCUCUUUUUACGAGCUCGGCACUCGCAUUGCAAAAAUUUUUAUAAAAACUAAACUAUUUCCUUAAUAUGUAAAACUAUAUAAAAUUGAAUGAACUAAUACAAUCUUUAUGAAUCAAACUGAAAUAUCAACAUUUAUGCAAAGGAAGUGUCUACACGUCCGGCGGUAUAUCUCCCGCACUACUUGUGGUGAGAGAUAUUUGUCCGUCAGCCUUUUCACGUGACCGCGAAUGAUUCAAAACUAUUGUCAUUGUUAAACUUAAAAUAUAUUUCUCUACCAAGUAAUGUACUGAGUAUCUUGCAAACAAAUAAUGGAAAAAAAAUACUUGGGUAUAUUACAAAAACAAAGUGGGGGUUAAGAAAUGAUGCCUUCUAGAAGGAAGCAAUGCUGAGAGGGAGAGAAUAACGUUAAUAAAAAAUAAGAAUGCUAAAAACAUAAUAGUGAGGGUGAUAAAUAAUUAAGUUUAAUGGUGUGGAGGCGAAUAGUUUACAAAGAAAUAAACCCUACCUCUUAAUAUAGGGCCGAUAUACUGGUAGCCUAGCCUACUUCUCAUGCAAUACUAAAUACUAAUCCUGAAAUACAACUUUAUUGACAUAGGUCUAUUGAAGUCUACUGGUAUUAUUUUAUUUGGUUCAUAUUUUAAAUUUAGGCUUGAAGGUAGACUUUACAAGAUGUAUUAACCAAGAUUAGGGACUUUUUUCUUUGACUUUGAAGAGUCUGAAUCAAAUAGACUAGUAAUAGUAGUAGUAAUGGUACUAAUAGUUAGUAUAUAGGCAGACUAGUUUAAUAUUCAAAGUCAAACACUUUAUGUAUCUCAGAGCAUUUGAAUAUAUUAACAUGUUCAGCAUUUAUUUAUUAUGUAGGGAUCGUCUUAAGAGGGUUAAAAAUCAACACUUAGGACUUAUGAUUUUAAAGGGGAAAAAAUGUUUAAAAAAAAAAAAUCAUUCAAUUUAAAUAAUUUAAAUGCACUUUUCUUUCUUUUUUCCAGUGAAAAACCUUGAAAUUAAGAUUUUUACAACUCUACCUAACCUGAAUUCUAAAUCACAGUAUCCCUAUUUCUAGUGUAAAUUCACCCCUAAAUUUUGUCCCCCUGAGCCCUUAACACUCAAGGCACGUUAUAUUGACUUUUCGAUCACCAAACAUUGAUGGAUAAUAACUUGAUUUAUUUAUAAACUUUUUAUAAACCAUUUGUUACUGUUAUUUUUAAUGUGCAUCUUUAAUUUAAUGGAUAAAUUAAUUAAAUAUUAUUUUAAAUUAAAAUUUAAAAAAAUUGUUCCGACCCUUGAGUUUUUGUUUUAGCCGCAACGCGAUUCCUGUCCGCCACUUGAUAAUCAUUUCAACUUUUCUCGAGAUGAGUCGCUCUCAAUUUUUUUACAAUUAUGGCUGAAUAUUUGUCAUCCAAUGAAGAAAUUGCUUAAAUUUCAAGUGAAGAUGAAACUUCUGUUGAAGAGGAGGAAGAAAGGGAGUUAUACUGAGAAUUUAUUGCCUUUUACUGGUGGACAAGUUCACUGUCGAAAGUAAUAUUUUUUUCUUUGUUACAAAGUUCUUCAACUCAUCUGACAGAUUACAGAUUAAAUUGAUUUUACUACAGUUAUAUUUGUAUAGGGUAGCAAUGGAAUAUAUAGAAACGUAGAAAAUUCAUUUUAGUUUUAGUAAUAUAUUUAAAAAAAAAAAUUUUUAUGAAGAAUUUAUUUUAUUAUUAUUUUUUCCCAAACCCAUAACAAAUUACAUUUCUCUUUGUUUAAAUUGGUUACGCUAUAAAAAGGCAUAAGAUUUCCAUAGGUAUUAUAUUAUGCUUCGUGAUAAUAUUAUAAUUUUCCAGAGAUUAGUUGCAAAAUUGAACAAUGUGGUAAGAUUAAUUGUGUUAAAUUAUAUAAAAAAUUCUUUUCAAUUCUAUAUCUAAUAUUAAUACAUUUAUUUCUUUUUUACAGUUAUGGUGAUUUUGACCUGGGGGAAACCCCACCCCCCCACCCCCGCCUAUUCCUGCAUUCAAGCCUGAAUGAUCCACCUGGUGCCCAUUUCCCCAAAUCAGCAACAAGAGAUGAGAGGAAGAAAUAUCUUACUUCUCUUUCAAUUUUCAAUUUAUUCUUUACAGACACAUUACUGAAGUCACUCUGCACAAAUACCAAUGAGAAUGCAACUACCAAGAGAUCCACUUAACCCUCAAUGUUCAGAAACUGGAUAAAUCUAAAUAAUCAAGAACUAUUAACAUUCAUGGGCCUUCUCUUGUACAUGGGACUUGUGCAAGCACCAAAUGUCAAAAGUUAUUGGAAUAAGAAAUCGUUACAAGGGAUUUUGGGCUAGAAAAUUCAUGUCAAGUUUAAGGUUUCAACAAAUAUGUUUUUUAAAAGUUUCAAACAGGAAUACACAGGCAACCAAUGAUAAAAUCGGUAAAGUCAGAUUUUUAUUUGACAUAAUUAGACGUGCAAUAAACUGUAUCAACAUUUCAAUUGAUGAAAGAAUGAUAAGGAAUAAGGGAAGAUACUCAUUUACUCAUUUUGCCAAUACAUUAGAGAUACACCAACCAAAGUGGGGAAUGAAAUUAUGGGUUCUUGCAGAUUGUAUUUCAGGGUGUACUUAUGAUUUUGAGAUUUAUUUAGGUAAAACUGGCAAUGUGCCUACUCAAGGUUUAGCUUAUGGGGUUGUUAUGAAAUUAGUAUCUUCCCUAAUCAAUCAGGGUUAUUAUUUAUAUUUUGACAAUUUUUAUUCUAGUUUUGCUUUGCUGACUGACCUUUUAAAGAAAGUCAUAUCAGCAUGUGGGACCAUAAUUUCAAGUAGGAAAGGCUAUCCACCUGAAUUAAAAAAUAUAAAACAAUCGGAAAAGACCAGUAAGAGGGGAUAUGAGGUGAGUUAGGAAGGAAGAAGUUGUGUGAUGCAGUGGAAGGACAAUAAAACUGCAUCAUUAGGUUCUACUAUCCAAAAGUCUAAUGAAUUUAAUAAUGUAUUUAGGAGAAAUAAAAAUAAAGGAGUUUUUGAAAAGUUAGAAGUUAGGAAAACCGGUAUUAGUAUGGGCGGGGUUAGAUAAGAGUGAUCAGCUUUUAAAUAAAUAUAAUUUGCUGAGGAAAACAAAUAAGUGGUGGAAAACUUUAUUAUUUUAUUGACGUUGCUAGAGUCAAUAGCUAUAUUUUGUUUCAAGACUGGAGAAAGCGAAAUACAGAUCUUGAAAUUUUAAAUAGGUCUCAGUCAAAUAGUCAACUGGAUUUUACAGUUGAACUAAUCAGUUGGAAAACAUAGAUGACAUUGCUCCAGUUCUUAGAGCACUAAUACCUAAGAUUGAAAUAAAAUGUUAUAGUAUUUGCCAACUAUAGUUUCAUCAAAUAAAAGAAAAAUUGUAAUAUGGUUAUGGUUUUCAACAAAUAGAGAGAAAAACAAAGGUUUAUUGCAGUGGUUGUGAUACCUUUUUGUCUUCUUUCAUAUUGCAAAAAAAUUAAUUAAAAAUGUUUUAUUCGAAUAAUAAAUGUUUAAUUUUUUUUAUUUUAUUAUUAACAGUAUCAUUAUUGAGUUGUUUUUUUAUAGCUGACGACUAUGGUUUUAUUUACAAUAACAUUUCCAUGUUAAAUUGAGAAAUUCUGUUAUAAAAGUUAAAAUGUCUUCUUUUUUUUCAUUUUCAUGAUUUUUAUUAUACAGUUAUAAAAAUCGUCUAAUUAUUUGAAAUUUGAGUAAAAUGCUUUGAAAUUGAAAUAUGUUUGGUAGAAAUUGUCACAGUUGAUGGCUAUAAUAAAGAUUUUAAGUUUGUAACAAUCACUUUUUUUCUUCUUUCCUACUGUUUGUGUCAUAUUGUAAUUUUCAUUAAAAAUUGGGUAAAAAAAACUUGGUCUAAUAACUUUCUAUAGAAAACCUUUCUUUAAAUAAAAUUAUAUUUCAUAUCAAUGUAAAGAUAAUUCAAUUUUGAAUCCAAUGUUAUUUAACAUGUUACUUUUGUUAGUGUCCUUCAUUUACCAAAUUUUAAAUUACCGGUACUGAGGGUACCCAAACCAAGUACAAUAAAAUGGGGAAAAACCAAGAAUAUUUGAGUUAUCCCCAAGUGGAAAUUCACCCCUAAACAUAGUCUCCCCCCUUCCCAGCAUAAAUUCACCCCUUUAUUUUUAGAUGGCCCAUUAGUAGGCUUAGACUAACUUUCCCAAUUUAAAUUGUAUAAGUUCCAAACAUGGAUUGGAGUUCAAUCCUCGGCAAAAUCCUGGACAAGCAAUUGCACAUCACCACGACCCCGGGUAGAUGGGACUUUAUAACUUUGGAUGGCAACUCAUCCAGAAAAAGGAAAACUAUUAAUUCAAACCUCGAGAUAGAGUCAUGUAGGUGUUAUGACAUUAAAAUUCUGACAACUCCUGCAACAUUCCUGGUUCCAAGCUGUUCUAUCCACACUUGAUGUUCCUUUGGAUUUAGGGUUACUAUGCGCCUGGGUUUCCCCGGACGUGUCCUCUUUUUAGACCCCUGUCCAGACGACUUUCCGAAAAUAGGGUUGCCGGGUUUUCCCCAUCUCUUUUUCCAUCAAUACCUUAUUGCUCACUUUUCCAUGUUAUUUGCUACACACGCACACCAGCAAUAUUUAGUUCAGUGGUAAGGGUUACUAAAGUAACCACUGAAACUUUGGGUUCUGGAAGAAGCCAUUCUUGUAAAACAGAACGGUAAUGCAAGUUCAGGAUCAUAAUAAUGAACCAGCUUAUUCUCCUAAAGAAAAAUACCAGGCCUGCAAAGUCUACACCAUCGUCACAAUGUGACGGAUGGAUGCUCAAAACUUUUUUUUGUAUAAUAUUUAAUCUAAUUACUAGCUAUUUAGCCACUGAAUAUCUUUCUUUUUUUAUCUUAAAUAUUACUGAAUUUUUUCAAUUCAGUAUAAAUUAAUUAAAUCUUUUAGUAUUAUUCCUAGUACCGUACUAAUAGUCUUGUAUAAUUGAAUUUUAACAAUUUUUAUUUUUAAGAGUAAAAGGAUAACCAUGAUGAUGGAUUAACUGCAUCAGAUCUAAAGACAAUUGUUCUCAAGAGGAUACCACAGGAGGAAAUUUGACAAAAAUAAUGUCUCAGAAAAGUCAAACUCAAGCUGUUUUCAUAGCAGAUAUUAUGUCAUGGAGCAGAGAAACUUGUCUACAAAAUUUGAAUAUUGUACUGCCUAAAGUCAUUGUAUCCUUUCCUUCAUUAUUUAUAUUCUGGGUCUUGACAAUAAAUACCUGGAAUAAAAUUUAAACUUUCUUUAUGUUUUAAAUGUAAAUUUUGGUUUCUUUUAUGUAAAAAAAAUAAUAAUGUAGUAAAGAAAAAUGAAACAUUUUGUUUUGCUUUGCUUAUACUUACAUAAAAUUUGUGAGCUCUUUAUUUAUGUAGGCUAUUUUGUGUUGCUCAUGGAUAUAAUCUGUAUUUUGGUCCUUCACAUACAUAAAGAUAGAUUUUGAAAAAUCUGCUGCAUACAUUGAAGAAGCAAUUGGUAAGUUUGAUCAAAUUAUCAAGACAGUUAACUUUGAUGAAUUAAAAUUAUUUUUAAAAAUUGUGAAGGAUUAAUCUUUUAUAAAUAUAUAUUUUGUUUGUGGUGUGGCUGCUUCCUAUUCACAACUGGCCCUCCCGCUACUCAACAUGUUUUAUAUUAAUAGUACUGAGUGGGGAAACAAAUGUCAAGCAGCCAGAGUCAUGCGUGACUUGAGCCCAGGUAAGAAGGAUGAAUUUUUUCGGAGGAAUUAUUAUUGCUAUUAUAUAAAUCACUAAAAAUUACAAAAAUGAUGAACAGUUCUUGCUGUUCUGGCAUCGGAUUGAUUUAAUAAUUUGUCAGCUCUCUUUUUACCCUAGAUUUGCUGAGGAUCAUUUGUCAAUCAUUAAUGCCUUGUGUACCAUUGGAGCAUCUGGAGGACCAAGUAUUUAGCAAGAUAUGCAAGUCUGUAAGUUCCAACCCCCGAAACAUAAAUCCUGAUAAAGUGGUUGGUUGGGGGGGGGGGGUGUCACAAUGACUACUGCCCCUAUGAUGGACUCCCAUAAAAACUCCAGAAACACCAAAGCCUGGUGGUCUGCUGCAGCAUUCACAAACAGACAGCAGCAUCUCAGAUCCGUAUUUUUACCCUAGUUUUGCUGAGGAUCAUUUGUCCAUCAUUAAUGGCUUGUGUACCAUUGGAGCAAUUGGAGGAGCAAGUAUUUAGCAAGAUAUUCAAGGCUGUAAGUUCCAACCCCCGAAACAUAAAUCCUGAUAAAGUGGUUGGUUGGGGGGGGGGGUGUCACAAUGACUACUGCCCCUAUGAUGGACUCCCAUAAAAACUCCAGAAACACCAAAGCCUGGUGGUCUGCUGCAGCAUUCACAAACAGACAGCAGCAUCUCAGAUCCGUUAUCUGCUUCUUUCAUAAUGCUCCCUAAAAUAUACAUGACAAUAAUUGAGUGAACUACUGUAGCCAUGAAUAAUAGCCUAAAAAGUUUGUUACUUCUAUAUUAUUUUUGGUUUGUGACACAUCUCCCUGCGUCUAUAUUAAUCUGGGUUAAUAUUUAAUUAUAACUAUGAUAUAAGUGACCAAUUUUGUGCAUUGGGGAUUGUGUUGAAAUAUCCCUGAUUACUAACAACAUUCAACACUUUUACUGACAGCUCACAUCCCUUAAGUUGCUUAACACUGGGUGAAAAUUUGAAUAACUUGUUUUGUACAUUUUUCUUUUUCAGUUUCAGGAAUAGAACUUUUUAACUUGAUUCUCUUUGCAGAUUUGUGGAUACACUGACAGUAUAAUUGAUAAAAUUCUCGUCCACAUGAGAAGUCAACUACAGGGCUCUUCACAAGAGUUGAAGCUAGUUGUAACAGAGUGUCUAGAGGUAAACACAUUUUAAAAUCUUUCUUUUUGUAAAAUUUUAAAGAAAAUGCCAAUCUAAAAUAAUAUUAUCUAUGUACUUAUUGAUUGGUUGGGUAGACAUGCACAUCAUUCUGAAGUGGCAUCCACAUGGGCCUCUUACUAUUUUCUUAACACCUUGAAGAACAGACUGAGACUCUUACAUACUAUUUUCUUAAUGACUUGAGGAAAGGGCUUAAUACUAUUUUGUUAAUGACUUGAAGAAAAAGCUGAGAAAGUGAAAAUCUUACAAAAUGGACCCAUGAAAAAAGUCAGCAUGUAAUUUUCAGAAAAUUAACAAAUGAAAAAUUAGCCUUUGAAAAAUAAAUUCUGCCCAAACAUAGCACCAAAUAUUUUACCCCAAAAACGCGGUAUUGUAAAUGCUCUACAACAGCUUUAGAAUUUGGUGAAAUAAGAAUUAGGAACAAUUGAGAAUUCAAGUUAUUUAUGUAUUUACAUGGGUAGUGAAUAAAGCUGAAAGGCUUAACAAAAUAAUGGGUAGUGAAGAAAGCUGGAAGUGUAAGACUUUACAAAAUAAUGGGUAGUGAAGAAAGCUGUAAGGCUUAACAAAUAAUGGGUAGUGAAGAAAGCUGUAAGGCUUAAAAUUAUGGGUAGUGAAGAGCUGUAAGGCUUAACAAAUAAAAUAAUGGGUGGUGAAGAAAGCUGUAAGGCUUAACAAAAUAUGACACUUCAUUUCAGAUUCAAGAUGAAUGUUCUGAACAAUUAUCUUUAUGUUCUUUUUUUUCCCUUCAUGCUAGUGGUUAGUAUCUAUUGGCCAAUGCCUUGAACUAUGUGCCAAGUGUGCGAUCGGGGUGGCCAAUGAUGUGGAGCUGUCCUGUGUCCAGUCCCUACCAUCUUGUAUCGUCCAUCUCCUUGUACAGGCCUACAGCCACUGUAAGACCAGCAAUGAUCUUUAUGGAGAUUUCUUAGAGCAGGUCUCAGAGUCUUUGUCAACUUUAUUCAAAAUGGCACAUUCAUUGCAAAUGGUAAGUAACUGUGCUCACUUAUGUGACCUGUUGAAUUCAUUCAUUUGGUAAACUAUCAUCUUGUGAAGUUAAAAAAGAAAAAAAAAGUGAACUUAAAAUUUGUUUUAGAACUACAAAAUGGAGAGUUGGACAGAGCUAUUUAAACAUUUUUACACACACAGGGUUUGCGAGUAAAAAAAACCACAACAAUCUUUUCACAUGACUUUUUCAUGGUACGUCGAAAAAUAAGUUUAUAAGCUGGUAAAUUCAAUAACUUUGUAAAAAAAAAAGGGUGAUAUUGAUUUCACUUUGUUUAUUUAAAUACGGUGAUCUGUAUUACCGCGGCUAUCAAAAUUAACCUAUUCUCUAUAAUUACAUCUAAAAUCUCUAUCAAAUUCAUCAUCUGAGGCCAUUUAGGCAAAAUUUCUAUUGAUUGUUUUUCUAUUUAAAAAAAAAAAGCAAAAUUUGAAGAUAUUUGGUCUUCUAACAAGUUACUUUCAUUUAAAAGUUCUGAUUUAUCCAAUGGGGAAGGAUGUAAAUUCGAACUUUUCUUGUUGCCAUGUAGUAUAGUAGCCAAUUGGUGUUCGGAUAUAAAGGUUGAACUUGGUCUUUCCCAGAUCGGCAUCAUGUAAUAUAACAGACCUGGUUACUGACCUUUGGUGAAGGGUCCAAGAAAUAUGAUAGGUUGGGGACCAUCCAUAAUUAUAUUGCAUAAGCACUGAGGGGGAGAGAGGUGUUGGUGUUGACUAUGAAGCGUACAGGUGGGCAUGGGAGGGGUAAGAGAUAGGUGACUAAAUAUUUUUUUAGUUUUGAACAAUUUUGAGAUGGUAAAGUACUAUUCUGAAAGGAUAUUGUACUAUUUUGGUAGUUCCAGAAUAACCAGGUCUGGUAUAAAGUGUUGAGCAUGUAAAAAUGACUUAACACACAACAAAAACUAAAUAUUUGUUUUAGAAAGAGAUGAGAGAGUUUUUCAGGGCUUUUCUGGUGUUGUCAGUUCUGUUCUGUUAUAUUCUAUAUUUUUUCUUGUCUUUGAAAACAAAAUUUUCACAUCCCUCUCAGAUCUCUGACUCAAAAAAACUUUUAAGAAGCUUUUAAUUAAGAUAAUAAAAUUCACAAAUCAAAUUGUUUAAAUUUAAUUGUUUUGAAAAUAAAUUGUUGUGGAUAAUUUCUGAAUGACUUGAGUUAAUAUAAUUUAUUUUUUAUCCCAUUAGUCACUUCUUACCUUGUUAGACAGACUGUGUAUAUCAGGCGCUCAUCUAGAGGAACAUGUCACUGUGCUUUGUUCUGGUAAGUCGUAAUAAAAACAUGAAUUUGACUUUUUAAAUGACAUAUGAAAUGCAUGUUGCCAUCAUACAUUACGAGUGGUAAACCUAUAGGAUGUUUAUAAGAUGGCUAAUGGUUGACGAGCUGUUGAACCUGUUGUGUUGUGUUCAUCCACUCAUGCCGACGAGAUCUACUUGUCUGGGAUAAGUCUUUCACUUCAUCCCAUGAGACAGUAUAUCUGAUAGCAACAGCCACUAAUACAACACACACUAACCGGUUUGUUGCAAGAUAUGAGUUUAUUUAACAAUUCCUCAACUAUGGUUGUUAUAUAAUUUCAGAUUAAUAAUCCAAUCGUUCCAGCCAAACACUAAGCAACACACAAGUUCAAAAAGUCAACAGGAUAUGCGCCAUCUAUCCACCCUAACAACAACUAAAACUAACGCGUCAGUUCCCCUUACCCAAAUUCAUCACAACACCCUCACACAAUAGAUACAGCUACACAUGAAAUCUCUAAACUAAACAUCUUUUCCCUACCAAACAUGACAUCAGUGAUCUACAUAUAUCAACAGUGAUUCUCAUACCCUUGACAGUGGUCUGCCAUGUAAAUCGUAUAAUCCUUUUAAUAGAUGGCUAGGGGUUUGACAUGCCAGGCUUGUUGACCUGGAAUCAGAGCUGUACAACAUUCUAGUGACUCUUGAUUCAAGUGGAAAUGAAUAAUUUAAAUACCUUAAUGUUGUGUUUAUCUCUGUAGAAUUUGAUGUUGAUUGGUUUUUUUUCUCUUGCAGUCUGCACAGGUCUGUACAACAUCUGUAGUGUUGUUACAAGUCUUGAUGUCAAAUUGGUCAUCAGUUUGUGGAAAGGAAUAUCAAAGUAAGCCUCAUGUACUUUAUAACCUCAUAUUUCCUCUCUGCAGUUUAUAGUAAAAUGAUUUACCAAUAUUAGAAUAGAUGAAGAACUCUUCUUGUCAUUUAAAUAUUUUCAUUUUAAGUGAACUGAAGAGUUCAUUAUAAAAAAAUAAUACUUGUCAUACACAAAGGAAUACAACUAAAGCUCAAGUAGCUGCUAUAAGUUUAAUUAAAUGUUUAAGGAUUUUAAUGUUUUAAAGAAAAAUAGUAGAUCAUUCAUAUUCACAAACAGGACCAAAAUUAAAAAAAUAAAAAUAAUGAAGUAGUUAAUAGUAGAGAGUUUCUUUCAAAUAUCAGUUAUCAGUCUUAUUUUUCCCUUCCUAUAUCAGGUUGUGCAAUCAGCACCUCUCAUUGUUACAAGAUCGAUUUGAUGUGUCUCCGCUCCUCAACUUCCUGUGCGAUGAAAUUAGACAGGGUUACCUGUAUCUCUUUCACCUGUGCCCUGCAUCCUCACCUAAUUUGCUGGUUAGCGUUGUUUAGACUGAAUAUCUCAUCAUAAACUCCUACAAAGUCAUGAUAUGAUUAUUUACUGAAUACACUACAUUUUUAAAUAUUACUAAUUUAAAGGCAUCUCUUAAUUUUUAAAAAAUUAAAGAAUGGGAAAGUGAAAUGCUUUAUGUUUCAUGUAAACAUCUGGAAAAAGUUGUUUAGUUUUAAUAACAAUAAAGUUCUUCUUUCCUAAGGGGAGUAACUAGAAUUUGUGACCCCCAAGUGUGGACCUUGAUUUUUUUGCCUCUCCUAAACAACAAAAACCACAAUGCACAUACAAUGUGCAUUAAAAGAUAAGCUACGUGAAGUGUAUAUAGUUGACUGAAAAUGCCCCCCACCAAAAUAAGUGAUAAACGGAUCCACCCCAUCUCCCUACCCCCCAUGCAUCUCUCCUACAGCACUUGCAUGAAUGCAUUUAACAGGUUUUUUGUUGUUUUGUUGACACCAGUCACAGGGAGAUGACAAGGCUUUCAACAAGUUGGUCAAAAUUCUUGGCUUCCAAAUGAAGGUGAUGGUGGCACUCCUCAGGGACUUCUCAGCUUACCUUGACAACUGUGAGGACAAUAUUCUGGAGCUUCUCAUGUGUUUUCUUCGGUGAGUUCUUGCUUCAGGAGAUCUGAAAUUUUUAUAAAAAUGUGUUAGAAAGGUAUUUAUAAAAUGUUAUCAUAGUUGCUCUCAAAUGAUUUUUUUUAAUUGGGUAGCAAAGUAGGGUCUUUUGGUAUGAUUAUUCACUCAAACUUGCACUGUGAGUAAAUAAGACAAAAAAUGUGUACUGCAAGAAUGAAUUAAACAUAGGACAUCGUUUUUAUAAGCUAUGAAAGUAAGUCCAGGUCAGAUAAAAAAGAAAAGAGUAAAUGAUAAAUUAAAUUGUAACUUAUUCAAAAUAAAGCAAAUGUUCUAUUUUCAGUUAUUUGCCCCCCAGUGUCUAUUCCAAGAGUAUUUCUAAUGGUCAAGAGUCAGUUAUUAGAAACCAGCUUGUCAAUGCUGCUGUGCCCAUCAUUGGUCAUCUGGUGGCCAACAGAGUGUUUAGGCUGGGUUUGACGAAGAAAACUCCAGGUCAAAUAUCUUCUUUUCAAAACUGUUUAUCAAAUUAUUUAAAUGGCAUCAUUUUUUAUUGUAAAUUUAAUUCACCCCAUAGUUAAUCACCUAUUGUAAAUUUAAUUCACCCCAUAGUUAAUCACCUAUUGUAAAUUUAAUUCACCCCAUAGUUAAUCACCUAUUGUAAAUUUAAUUCACCCCAUAGUUAAUCACCUAUUGUAAAUUCAAUUAUUUUCCCAAAUUGAUCAUACAAAUUAAUUACUAAUAAUCUGUUUUAAAAAAAUCAUACGCCUAGCAAGAAUUUUUAUUAAUUAAUUUAUGUUAAAGGAUAACUUGUUGCCUAGAACCUAUAAGCUUAUGAAAAAAAUAUUUAUUUUAGUAAAGCUGUUAAGCUUCAUGUCCUGAUUUUUUCUGUUUUAGGUAGGAUAUGUAUAUUGAUAUUAUGUAAAUUUAAUUUAUACUUAUUUAAAUGUGUUUUGUUUGUUUGUACUGAUGAAGGCAUGUGCCGAAACGUUUAAUUGUGUAUAAUGUAUAAUUAUUAUUAAAGCUAACUCAUAUUGUUCUAUUGACACAAUUUGUUCGUGUCUUAUUAAUCUAUUUUAAAGCUUUAUCGCAGUCCAACACUUUUCAUGUCCUGAGUGUUGAUACUUUUUGAAGAAGUUAAAGUUAGUUCAGAUCUCCUGAAUGUUUGAGUUUCAUUAAUUCUUUUUAAAACCAUGGAAAAGUGUGUUUAUAAAUCAGUUCUCUACUAGUCAGUCCAACGGCGGAAAAAAUUUCGGUUCCCCUUGACCUCCCCAUAGCCGAAUGAAAACACAAUUUUAGCGAGAUCGUGCUCAAUGUUUAGUUUAUGUCCCAUCAUUUUGUUGACAGCAGAGACUGUGCCAGAGGAUCAUUUACCCAAACUUCUCCUCCAGCUGAUGGUACUGGAUAAGCUACCUACACUUGAAGGUACGGGAAGUUCAAGUUCAUGAAUGUGCUGAUAGAUGUACAUGGAACACUUCUGGCACUAUAUGUAACUGAUGUGUGACCAGUGCUACUUGUCUCUUACAGUCUGAUUCUUACUAAGUGUUAAUUAAAUGAAACUAUAAACUUUGAAGUCACAUUGAAGGGUCACAAUAUAAAUAUGUGUCCAAAAUGGAACAAAUUAACUGUCAUGACAUGACAUCAUAUAACUUCAUACACUUUAUAAUACGAUCAGAUCAAAGAUGGCUGUUCCGAUUUGAUGUGGUGUAUCCUAAAUCAAUGCAAGAGCACUUUUCCUCAACUUCCUUCCUCUCUCUCUCUCUCUCUCUGUGGGCAUGACAUCAAAAUCAUUGUCAUUAAUACUUAAAAUAACAAAACAAUAUAUUUCUAUAAAUAUAGAGCUGUUACAGUACACAUAAAACUAUUUCAUUUACCUGUAUGGUAUGUGCCAACACUGUUGACAAAUAUAUUUAAAUACAACCUUUCAGAAAUUGGGUACUCUAGAUUUUUAUAUGUUAAAAAAAAUCAUAUGAACUUUAAUUAUUGCUUUUGAGUUUGAGAUUAUUCGAUUUUACAAAGUUGCAACUGCUUCUGAUUUCCUUUUAAAUUUAUGAAAUAUUUUCUUUGUAAUUAUUUGACCCAGAAAGACUGGAGCUUCAUUUCUUUUUUCCCAGUCCCACAUAAUGUACUUAGGGUACAAUUUGAUCAUUUUUGUUCCUGCAGUUGAUGUUAUGGAUUAUUGGCUGACACCAGUGAAUCACAGUGAGAACAUACCAACACUUGGCCUGUUGGCUGCAAUAUUUCACAGUGUACAGCUGUGUAAGUAUUUUUAUUGUUUUAUGAGGGGUCUUUUGGGGCACAUUUUGGUGUUUUUAUUCUUAUUAUCAUAGUCACAGUCAUGUGGAGUUUCUUCUUUACUUUUACCAGCCUGAUCCACACAAUAGUUUGUUUUCACUUUAAGCAGCAGGUGCCCCAAAAAAAUGUUAUAAAAUGCAGUGGUUCCCAACAUUUUUUACUCGCUGAGCCCUUUACAAGAAUCGAAUACUAUUGGGGACCGCCUUAGGCCCACCCCAUAUCUUACAAGUUAAUAGUGAUAAUUAGUUUUCUUGAGUGGCUGCGGAGCCCCGAAGAAGUGCACAGGUUGAGAACCACUGGUAUACUAUAACGAUCAAUUAUUGUUCUAAUGACAGGUGAAGUGGAGAUGAGAAUACCGGUCAUGUUACCUGGUGUUAUGGUAUCAGGGAAACCUGAAAGGUAAUCUAGCAUUAAACUGCAAUUACAUUUAUUUAUCUCUAGUGAUUUAUUUACUUAUUUUGAUUUCUGGCAGCCUGAAAUCUUACUAUCAAAUACAUUUUAUUGUUGGUACAUUGGUUUAGAACCCCUUUCCUAAAUAAACUCUGAAUGGCCGUGCUUUUAUAUUUGUAGAAAAGUGAGCCUAUAUGAACAUGUGGCAAUUCACAUUUGUGGAUACAUAGGAGCCUGCUUGGCAAGACAUUUUAAUGUAACGGUGAGUUACCACAGUUUUACAAAAAAUAUCAGGUGUACAAUUUUUCUUCAUUCACCUACCCCAUGCUUAUCUGAUACUAAUUUUACUAAUUUAAAAAUAAGAACACACACACAAUCUUAGUUAUGGAAUAGCUCAUUCCAAAUUCUGUAUCUCAUCAGGAGUGCAUACUUCUAGAGAAUGUUCUACAUGGAAGUCAUGUGUCUUCACUGCUUGCCACUGACUGUUGGUGUUUCCUAUCCAGGUGAUUGCCAUUAUUUUCAUCUUUCUUAAAUUUUUUUUGUUAAAUCUCACAAAACCAAUUAUACUAAAGUUGGGUGAAUGUGACUAUAGAGUUAUGCAGGUGUCUACAGAUGUUGGUAAACCAUUCAUUUUUAGUAGGUAGACAAUUGAUACAUGUAAACUGUAGAUGAAACUUGUCAUUAGAUUAACUUAUUUUCUUUGUUAGAUAUGGCACAGCUGGAUUAUGCCAAGACCAUGUCAAAAGGCUGGUGGGUCUCUACAAGGAAAUCCAGUUGAGAGGAUCCACUAAGAGUAAUAGAAAAGCUCAGUUCAGACUGGAAUGUCUGUUGCAAAGGCUGCUCAAACUAAUGACUUCAGAGCAUCAGGUUUUCUGUGGUAUUCUUACUUUGAAUUAGGGACAGUAAUUUAUGUUUUUGGGAAAGUUUCCUCAAGUUGGAUCAUUGUUUGAAAAGUCAUCAUAAUUUUGAGGUCUAUUCACUAAGCGUGUUUCACCAUUCACUAGUUCUAUUCACUCGGAGUGUUUCACCAUUCACUAGGUCUAUUCACUAGGCGCAUUUCACCAUUCACUAGCUCUAUUCACUAGGAGUGUUCCAAUAUUUGUCAUUAUUUCAUCUAGUAAUCCAAGCAAAGUAAUGUGAGACUACAUAUUAUUUUUAAUCAUCCUAAAAGACCGAGUUUAGCUUGAUGAUCUUUAUCUUAAUUAGCACAUAUUAAAAUAGCUUAAAACAAUCGAUUUUCUCAUUGUGAUUUUGUCCAGGCUGCUUUAGUUGAACUGAUUCCGCCUGAUAGAGAUCCAGCAUUUUGGUUGGCCAUGUCCCCUGACAGCCCACAGUCUAACCUGCCUAAAGUUGUUCAUCAGAAGCUGGUGACGUGGGGAAUGGAUGUACUACAAGCCAGUAGUGGAAAAUCUGCAGAUAUUGUAAGCAAUAAGAUUUUAAUCGGUAAAAAUUGGUAAAUCUCUUUUUAGUUUAUUAACCCUUUGAUCCCGCUUUAUCGGUCUGCGCCUUAAAAAUCCACACCCCCGCCAGACUGAUAUUUUGGUCUCCCAUACCUUACCAUAGAUCGACUGUCCGUAUAUAAAAUGUGUUGUAAAUACUGAGUUCAGGGCUUAUCAUGUGACUUGCAAAAGGUCACAGUAAUUGCAGCGCCCAUGAAUGCAUUGUUUUUGUUAUGUAUAGAGGUGACAAAAAUACAAAAAUUGCUAUUCUAAAGGACUCAAACUAAAGUAGUUUAAUGAUAAUGUAAAUAAUUCAAAGGAUUAUUAUUGUGCUUUCUAGUCGAUGUGUGCUUUGGGAAUAAAAGAAACGACACAAGGUCUACCCCUAGUCCUAGCCUUGGCUUUUAUGAAAAAUCAGGGUUGUAUGAAUGGCCUUUUACUAAGCCCUUUUACAACAUUUCUAAGACAAUUGUAUUUCUAUGAUACAUUUUAUAAUACUAAUUGACUACUAACAGACACAUUUAGAUUGAAAUAAAUACAAUUUAUUUAAUUUUAUAAUCAUUUGAUUUUGUUUGCUUGUGUGUCAGUGUGUGGACAUUUUCCCCAGGAGCCCAGGGGCAAGGGUGUUUUGGGCCCAAGAGUCCAGGGGCAUGGGUGUUUUAGGCCCAGGAGUCAAGGGUUCAAAGGGUUCAAUAUGAAUUUUAAUAAGGAUUUUUCCUGAUAAAAAAUUUAUAGCAGUUAAAUAUUUCUUUAAUAAAAAUUAUACCAUUCAGUUGAGUUGCGUAAUAUUUUUUCAAAUAAAAUCUUGCACAAACUUUAAAAAAAACGUUUAGCAAUCUUUUUUCAGUAUUUCUAAACAGAUUAGCUUUUAAAAAGUAUAUCAUCAAAGUGAGUAAAAUGGUAGCAACAAUAUUUAUUUAUUUAUUUAUUUAUUUAGGCAUUUUUAUAUAGCGCUUAUCAUAAAGCUCUAAGCGCUUUACAAUUAUUAAAACAAGUAAACUAAGUAAAUACAAAUGAGACACUAGGAUAGUAACUACUAUUCUAUAGAAACAAUGAAAAUGGCUAUAAAAAGAGGACACUUUGACACUUCAGGAUUAAACCGAAACAGAAAAUUAGGUAGGGCAAGGAGGGUGCAUCACAGGUCAUAGGCGGACCUAAACAGAUGAGUUUUAAGGGACUUUUUGAAAAUGGACGAGGUUUCACUAUGACGUAUAUGGAAGGGGAGCUGGUUCCAGAACGUGGGCCCAUGGAAGCAGAAGGAGCGUUCACCGAUGGUCUUAGUUUUAGUUCUUGGGAUGGAGAGGGUUCUACUGUCAAUGGAAGAACGUAUCAAUAUCCCUGCUUGAUAGUAUCUGAGCUGUGCAGAGACUGUGAAUGAUUUUAAAAAAAUGAUCUAAUUUCAUCAGCUCACUUGCAUCCGCUGAUUUUUGCCUUAGAAAGUACAUUCAUAAAUAGUUCACUUGCAUCCGCUGAUUUUUGCCUUAGAAAGUACAUUCAUAAAUUAUACCAUUACAAGUUUUUAGUUUCAGGCUGUAGAGUUUUUCACAAAGUUGUUGUCCAACAAUAGCUCAGAACCCUGCUUAGCACCUCACCAACAAGCCAUCCUUUUGGAAUUCACUUGCAAGAUGUGGGCCCAGUUGGUCAAAUCCCCAGAAAUAAAGGCAAAAAUCAGAGAACAGCUUUUGACACGUCUCAUGCCAUUAACAAGGUGCUUUGUUUCUCUGAUGGAGACCAGUGAUAUUUUACAGGUAACAUGAGCAUUUGACAUGUGAAGGUACGCCAUUUCAUCCACUGCUUUUGAUAAAAGGAAAUGAAAAUAAAUGAUUUUAUUAUUCUCCGCACGCUGCAUGUUAUUUUUCAUGUCAUGUUCUGGAUACUUCCUCUUGUUGCUAAAAAGAUUUUUUUCAAUUACUGUUCCAGUUAGAUUUUAACAUAUUAUCCUAUAUCAACCCUAUGAGAAAAAGCGUUUGAGCUUUGCAUCAUUUCUAUGAUCUUUGAGCUUUGCAUCUUUUUCUAUGACCUUUGAGCUAAAAUAUUCAUAUGAAUUUUAAAAACUUCCACUGAAUUAUUUAAUUUUAUAAUUUUUUUUUAUUAACCAGGUUUUAAUUGUGAUACAAGGAUAUUUAAUACCUGCCUGUCCAGUAGCUUUAAGUUUGUCCAUAAUAGAGUUUUUGACAGGAUUCAGGACCCUCAGAAUGGCUCCAUCAUUUCAGGUAUUUGACUCAUUCAUUCAUGUGACUUUUAGUGUUACAAUAAGGUUACUGAUACAUUUAAGUACCCAUUACCGUAUAUACCCCUGUACCGAUCCCACUUUUUUUAACCCAAAAUUUUGAAAAAAAAAAUAGGGUUAUGACCUAUUCACUCCACAUCAAUUGGCUUACUGUUAUUCAUUGUGGAGUAGGCAUUAAUUAUGAAAAGUUAGAGAAUUGUUUUCUCCCUUGCAUGCACUUGAGUCAAGAGCAAUGAUGUUUAAAACUGUUUAUCACAGAUCACUUAGUUUAUGACAAUUGUUAAACAAAUUUGAGUUAUAUUUACAUAAAAAGAGAUUCAUGUAGCUCUGCAAACUAAGGGUGCAACCUAUAGAUGGGUUGACCAAAAAUACCCAGAUUAAUACCCCCCAAACUAAGGAUGCGACCUAUCCACCGGUUCCACCUAUAUGCGAGGAUAUAUAGUAAUCUAAUAUUAAGAUAAUUUUAAAAAGUCACAAUUUAUUUAAAAGCCUUCAUUUACUUUUAAAAUUUAAAUCAAGCCACAUUGUCCCCACCCACCUCCAAUUGUAGUCUCAUUGUGAGAUGGUUUUUCUGAGAAGAAACAUGUUUUUCUGCCUUAAGCCAGGCAGAUGCAUCUCAUUAAUUAUUGAAGAAAUAGACCUAUUUACUCAACACUCAACACAUUAUUGACAUGGUUUUAAAUUAAUAUCUUUCUGAAGUAUAUAAUUAGAACUGUACACACAAUUUUUCUUUAUCAACUGUAGACAGACUCUGUUUAUAACGUUCAAUAAUCUUGAAUGUAUUUACUUAUCAGCAGAGCCAAGUUUUGGAGAAAAUGGCCAAGACAUUUCAUCACAUGAUGUGUCAUCCACAUCCACUGGUACACCACAUGGCUCUGUCUGCCUUCUCAGACUUUGCCACACACACCAGCCAUGAGGAGGCAAUCCCAGCCUGCAUCAUGGAGAAUAAGUGGCUUCAAGGGAGGGUAGAACAUUUUCUUAAUAAGGUCAGAAGCAGUACAUUAGAUAUUUGCAAUAGUUUGUGUGGGGAUGACAUUGACAGAUGUUUAAGAACUCUAUUAUCCAGUAACUUUCUGAGAAUGACUCCUGAAGGAUUAGAUAAAAAUUGAAAUCUUCAGUUGGAUAAAAAUGUUAUUAAUAUUGAUCAUCUAAUCAAUCAUGUAGAUUCUAUGGAUUGAUACCAAAAUACAGCUUUGCACAAAAACAAUUUUUAAGCUUAAAGUUAGAACCGAAAGAUAUAAAAGUUCCUUUGUCCCCCAGUCUAAGAAUUUACCAGCGUGUUCCCCCAAUGGUUACCAAAUCUAAAUGAUCACUAAUUAAGUCAUUGUUGUCACUAAGGUAUUUUUUUUUGGUGGGGUGGGGGUGUAUAUGAUUUGGCAAGAAGAGAAAAUCCCAACAGAAUGGGAAACAGCAUUAAUAACCCCAAUACACAAGAAAGGCUCCAAACUUCAGUGCACAAACUACAGAGGAAUCUCCCUGUUAAAUGUUACAUACAAAAUACUGACAAAAGUAGUUGCCAAAAGUCUACAACCUUACACUGAAGAAAUACUAGGUCAUUUCCAAUGUGGAUUCAGGCCUAACAGAUCAACGACUGAUCAGAUUUUCACCAUCAGAUGCCUGUUAGAGAAAUGCUAUGAAUUUAAUAUACCAGUACAUCAACUCUAUGUGGACUAUAAAAUGGCCUAUGACAGCAUCAAAAGAAACUGUUUAUAUGAGACUCUGCAGGAGUUUGGGAUACCCAACAAACUGAGAAGACUAAUACAUGUAACACUAAACAACUCAAAAAGCUAAAUCAAGAUUCAAGGAGAAUAUUCAAGGGAAUUUCAUAUUAGACGAGGCCUAAGACAGGGAGACUCACUGUCUUGUAUGCUCUUUAACCUGACAUUAGAGAGAGUUAUUAGAAACAUACACAUUGUCACUUGAGGAACGAUAACAGGAUGCUUUCUGAGGGAAACUCGAGACCCUCAACCAGCGGGCACACUCUACAACCAACCACUUCAGUAUCUUGCAUAUGCUGAUGACAUAGCACUUCUAGGGAAAAGUAUAAAAGACAUAUCAAAAUCCUUUAUUGAAUUAGAAGACGCAUCUCUACAAGCAGGGCUGGAAUUUAACAACCAAAAAACAAAAUACAUGACCAUGAUAAGAGAGGAACAAACAGAUGAAAUAAUUAAAAUUAGAAACCAAACUUUUGAAAAAGUAAAUCAAUUCAAAUACCUAGGAUCCUUGUUAAAUGAAAGAAACAAAUUACUAACAGAAAUAAAAGAAAGAAUAUCAGCCGCAAGCAGGACAUACUUCAGUAGUCAGAAAAUACUCAAAAGUAAAAACACUACAAGAGAAACAAAGAAAACUAUUUAUAAAACUGUGAUCAGACCAGUUGUAACAUACGCAAGUGAAACUUGGACCCUAACAAAAACAGCAGAAAACCUAUUAAACACAUGGGAGAGGAAAGUUCUCAGGAAAAUAUGUGGGCCAACAAAGGAUGAAUAUGGAUGGAGAAUACGAACCAACCAGGAAUUAUACAGUCUAUAUCAGGAUCCCACGAUAGUGGCAGAAAUAAAAAGAGGCAGGCUACGCUGGGCAGGACACCUAGAGAGAAUGCCAAAUGACAGAGGAACGAAGAGGAUAUAUCACCAAUACCCCAGAAGAAAAAGGCUCAAAGGCAGACCUAGGCUUAGGUGGAUAGAUGAUGUAGAAAAAGUCCAAGCAUGGAAAAGAAAGGCAUUAGUUAGGUCUGAGUGGAAGUGGUGAGGCAGGCCAAAGGCCUACAUGGGCUGUAGCGCCACAGGAUGUGGGUAUAUGAUGGCUGAUUUUUACGCUAGACAAAUACUUUAGUUGUCUUGUAUUUGAAUUGUUAUAAUUGUAAAAUGUUGUCUUGGUUAAAAUAUGUAUAUAUUUUUAUGUUAAAAUUUAAUUAAUGUAAUGAAGAAAAAAAAAUGUCCAGUUAUUUAGAUGAAUAAUAGAAUCUUCUCUUAUUUCUCAGAUCCCUCAUCAGUCAACACAGAGCUUUAUUCUUCUGGACUAUUUGAGAGAUCAAAUGAAGGAGGAAGAUGUCACUGUGAGUCAGGAGCACUCUAACAAUCUGACAGAAACACAUUCCAACGUUGAUGGAGAGACUGAUGGCAACGAGGCAAGUUAAUACAUGAACACUAUUUAUUAUUUAUUGCAGUUGUCUCGCUAACACUACUAUCACCCUUACAUCACAGGUCAGCCAUUGGAACACCAUUAUAAUUGGUCGCUCUUUGUGACAGUUAUCAUUUUGAUGGGGAAAGGUUAGGCUGUUUUGAGUUGAUAGAGAAAAAUUCUACAGCAAAAAUCAGAAGUUGUUAUGCAAUUAAUUUUUAAUUUACCGUAUCCUAAAAGCCAAAGUGCAAAAAUUAUGCAGUCUUUUUCCCCUGGAAGCUAUUUCUUUGAUUUAGCAAUGAACUUGUGCUGAGCGUUACAUAACAGCUCAAAAUUAUUGAUGCAAAAGAUAUUCAAUCUUUAAAGAAAAUUAUUUUUACAUUUAAAGUAUAACUAUUCAUAUUUCUCAUUACCAGCGGCCAUCCAAAAAACCCAGGUACAUGGAUGAAAGUUCUCAUGACAAAUCAACCACAGUAGAUAUCUGCAACAGCAGCACAGCCUCCUGUGCCGCUGAUCAAGCUCUUUCACCAAAUUUCCAGGCGAUACUUACCCAGUUAACUGACUUGGCUGAUAGGCUUGAACAAGAAUGCCAUCGAUCAACUCCUCCGACACAUUUUAUAGCAACGACCAAACUUGCCCUGACCAGGAUCUAUGAUUGUAUAUCAGAUGAUAAAUCUUGGUUUGACAGAUUAUCCUAAUGUUGUGGAAUAUUAGUUUUCAACUGAUUCUUGAUAUAAGGCUUUGAUUAAGCUCUAAUCUUGAUGAAUUGGUGACUUUAUGCAGAUGGCAUUCUUUAUGAAUGACCCAUUGCCCAUUCUCCCAUUUAUUAUUAAUUUUGAGUCUAUUCCUCUAGAAUGCAAUUUGCAUAUGGGAAGAUUUUUUACUGUAAGUGUACUAAAAUUAAAAGACCUGAGAAGACAAAUAUAAGAUUUUGUUGCAUUUUCUGUAAAAAUAGUGAAUAUGUAGAAUUAGUUUUUGUUCAGUAUGGUAAAUAUGAAAGUUAGUACUAGGAGGAAAGAAUAUUUAUGUCAAACUUUGUUGUUAAAAUUGUUAAUUGUAAAUUUGAAAAAAAAAUUAUCUCCAUGAAACUAGGUCACGGCCAGUGUUGGUAUUUCCCCUAUUUGUUUAUUGAAUUAAGUCUCCUUGGACAUGUGUUUCAUUUGCUGUUCUUAAAGAUUUUUAAAAUUAAACAUCACUUUAUGA